ACCGUAGGCUUCCCAACAUGGCGGCGGGGGGAGCCGCGGGUGUCGUGAGCUUCAGGAUUUAAAGCAGCGGCCCUUCCCACCGCCUUGAGUGAUCUCGGGCCGGUUUCGGGCACGCCUCUUUCUUUUGUGGUCGCAUUCGUUUUUUUUUCUGCUGCUCCCCUAGUGCCCGGCCGCCAUGAGGGAAAAGGGCCGCAGGAAGAAGGGCAGGACCUGGGCAGAGGCCGCCAGGACGGUCCUGGAGAAGAAUCCCAACACACCUAUGAGCCAUAAAGAGAUCCUUCAGGUUAUCCAAAAAGAAGGAUUGAAAGAGAUCAGAAGUGGGACUUCUCCUCUUGCAUGUCUGAAUGCUAUGCUGCACACCAAUUCCCGUGGGGAUGAGGGCAUUUUCUAUAAGGUCCCUGGGAGGAUGGGAGUCUACACACUGAAGAAGGAUGUUCCAGACGGGCUGAAAGAACUGUCUGAAGGCUCAGAAGAGAGCAGCGACGUGCAAUCGGAUUCUCCUACCUCAGAAAACAGCAGUAGCAGCAGUGACAGGAGCAGUAACAAGGAAGGGCGGAAGAGCAGGUGGCGAAGGAAAGUAUCGACCAGACUCUCGCAAGUGUCCUCUCCCCAGCCAGGCUGCCCAUCUCCUUCUAUUCCCCCAGGUAAAGUCAUCUCAUCAUCCCAGAAGCACAGCAAAAAAGCACUCAAGCAGGCUCUGAAGCAGAAGCAGCGGAAGCAACAGCAGUGCCGAGUCAGCUUGCCAGUCUCCUCCAACCACCUCCUCCUGCAGCAGCACACCAAGGCUGCCAGCCCUUCUCCUCCUACAAAACCUGCCUGGGAAGGAAAACAAUCCGAUGGACACUCAAGCAGCCCCCAGAAUUCGACUUCCAGUUCAUCUCCCUCCAUUAAAGCUGAGCCCUCCCUCCCAGUCCUGGGGAAGAAGCCAUUCCAGAGAUCUGAGCGGCUCCACGCAAGGCAGCUGAAGAGGACAAAAUGUGCUGAGAUUGACGUGGAGACCCCAGAUUCCAUCCUGGUGAACACCAACCUGCGGGCCCUGAUCAACAAACUCACGUUCUCUCUUCUGCCAGCUGACUGUCAGCAGCGGCUGCUCCUGCUGCUCCCCGAAGUGGACAGGCCGGUCGGGUUGGACGGGCUGUCGAAACUUAGCAGUUCCGCCCUCAACAAUGAGUUUUUCACUUCCGCUGCCCAAGGGUGGAAAGAACGGCUGUCAGAAGGAGAGUUCACUCCUGAAAUGCAACUCAGACUUCGGCAGGAACUAGAGAAGGAGAAGAAAGUGGAGCUGUGGAAAGAACACUUCUUUGAGAGCUACUAUGGACAAAGUUCUGGGCUGAGUCCUGAAGAAUCCAAGCAGCUGACAUCCUCCAUCCCCACUUCUCUGGCACAGGCGGCUCAGCUGCAGCAAUGCUUGCCCAUCUCUGCAGCUGUACCAAGCAAAGAGGCAGCCUCUCCUGGGGAUGCAAAGGCCCAGGAUCUUUUGGUAUCAACACCACCACCUGCAGCAGCAACAAGCAAAGGAGGGGAGGAGGAGCAACUCCAAGCCCCCAAGCCAGCAGAGCUUUUAAGUUCCUCAGACAGCAGUCUGUCCUCCAGAUCCAGUGACCAAACUCCCCAUGGGCCUUCCACUGGGAUCAAAGAAGAGCCAGGAAGAGAGAUGCCACAUUUUGGCAGCUUGGAGUCCCCAGGGAAAGAAACUUCAAGCAAACCAAAGAGCCCAGCAGCAGCAGGCAGUAAAGGCACUCCAGGAGAGGAGUCUCAGGAGACACCUACCAAGGAGCCCUCUGUUACCGGUGCAGAACAAAUGGACACCGGAAUCCAAGGUCUCAAGAGGAAAUCGGAGAGUCCUGAACAGGCAUUAACAACACCAGAAAAACGCCCCCACAUCACGGAGAACAGCCAUCCCAGCCCGCCUUUUCAAAGCCCGCCACAGCCCUUUCCAGCAGCGCCCGUGCCAAAGGUCCCUCCGCUCAGGAUCCCUGUCUCCAGGAUCCAUGGGCCCUCACUGCCAUUUCCUACCAGCCAGGUCUCUCCCAGGCCCAUCUUCCCUUGCACCAUUACCAGUCCCAGGAGAACAGGGGUCAGGACCCUGGCAGACAUCAAGGCCAGAGCCCAAAUGGCCAGGGCCCGGCGGGCAGCCGCCGCCGCCGAAGCAGCAGCCUCCAUUGCUGCUUCUGCUGCCUCCAUUGUGGAAGCCAUCCCGGGCCCAGGCCCAGGAGGAGGGAACAAGGGAGAGGAGAGGGGCAGCACUGCAUCAGGGAAGCUCCAUGGAGCUGCGACCCAGGCAGACACACCGGACCUGGCGGACACUGGAAGUGGGGCAGGUCCAAGAAGGCCUUUGCCCCUUGGACCAGGUUCCCAGGCCCCAGCGGCGCCUCCGACAACAGAGCAGGCAGCUCCCUGCAGUGUUGCUAGAACACAGCUACAGCCUGUUCCCUCCUUGCAGCCCAGAACUCCAGGCAGCUGCCCCAGGGCAGAGACUCCAUCAGCCGCCCAACCAGCAGUAGCGAGUGUCGGCUCCUUGACAGCUUCACCAAGCCAGGGGGCCUGGGCUUCUUUGAGCUCAGGUUGUGGCCUUCAGCCAAGGAGGGAUCAGCCUGGAGAAUCCUCUUCUGCUCCCAGCCAGCAAGCAGAAGCAGCCAGCGACCCCGAGCUGCAGCCAGCAAGCAAAAGUCUCCCCGAGGCAGGACUUGCCGCCAACCCAGGUGUGUCCCAAAGCACCACACACUCACCUUCUCUGCCUCCCUUGUCAGCCAUUCCCUUCAAGCCUUCCCCUGUCCCUCAGGCUGGCAUUGUGGCCACGCCCCCUAAGGCUAUUCCAUCCCAUAGCACUUUGUUAGUUGCCCAUGGCCUUAAAGUGCUCCCAGCCACCUUGGGAGCGGCUGAAAUUGCGCCUCUCUCAAAGACAAGCUCCAGCAUCCCUGCAAAUAACCCUUUGGUUGCUCAGCUGCUUCAAGGCAAAGAGGUCCCCAUGGAGCAGAUCUUGCCGAAGCCCCUCACUAGAGUCGAGAUGCAGACCAUCCCGUUCCCUUUGAAUGAGCACAGGGAGCCAGUGGUCCCAACCAGACCUCCUGAGAGGCAGCAUCACCAAGUCCCAUUGCAGCCUGGUGGGAAGCCAGACUUCACUCCCAGUAGGCAGCAGAUACCCCAUGGCAUGCAGCCAUUUCCUCCCAUCACAGGCCAGGAGCUGUGGAAUCCCCCUGGUGACUUGCACCCCAACCAAGAAGCCUUGGGCCAGUUAGCCCGUGAGCACGUCCUUCAGGCCCUAAUGCAGAGGGUGUCGAGGCAGAAGCUGCCCUCUCCCACCACACCACCUUCCCAGCUGACUCUCCCUCCUCCAGAUUUUCCAGUGGAAAGUAGCUCCACCAGCCAGAGCUUCAUGCUGGGAUUCAUGGGGAGACGGACAUCCAAACCUGCAAUGUCGGGCCAUUACCUUCUGAAUGUUUCCACCUACGGCCGAGGCUCCGAGCACCUCAGGAGGAAACUCGUCAUGCACCCAGGGAACAUUGUGUUCCCGGCUGGACCCAAAAAGGAAUUUGAAGAACAGGAGCAAGCAGCAGGAGACAGCAGCAGCGGGGAAGACGGCAGAAAUACAGAUGGGGAAGGCUCCACCGAUGAAGAGGAGUGUGUUGUGGUUAACCAGAAAUCUCUGACUCACGUGGGGAAAGGAGGGCAAGUGUCCCACCAGGCAAGCAGUGUGAAGGCAGAGCAGGUGGCCCAGGGCACCCACCUGUUCUCAGCAGGCCAGGAAUUAGCUGGAAGUGCUACGGAAAGGGGCUGUAUUCAGGCAGUCCAGGAAAAAGCUGCACAAACGACAAGGGCGGAAAUGAGACCUUGGAGCACAGAACUUCACGCCAGUGCCCCGGCAGACCCGGCUCCGCCCCAACCCCUGCUCCUCUCUCCCUCGCUGCCUUCUCGGCUCUUUGGGAAUCCUGCUGCUACGCAGCUUGUUGGCCCAGGCUACAGUGGCACGAUCAAUGUCUCCACUUCGCCAGACAUGCACCAGGAGGCACUUCUGACAGGGCUGUCGGACCCCAGCAGCAUCGGGGAUGUCGUGUCUUUCUCUGUGACCGUGACAACCAUCCCUGCCGGCCAGUCAGCAAGCACAGGAAGCCGUGGGCAGCCCCUCCCUGCCCAGGCCUUUUCUGACUCGAGCGGCUUGGAGGACCUGCCCUCCAAGUGUUACUGUCGUCUGAAAGCCAUGAUCAUGUGCAAGGGCUGUGGGGCCUUUUGCCACGACGAUUGCAUCGGUCCCUCCAAACUCUGUGUCUCCUGCCUGGUUGUCCGGUAGCAGGGGGCCUCCUGCCAUCUCCCCGGGAGGACCGGCUGCUGAACAGGGCACCCCCCCUCCCCCACCGCCUGCUUGCUUUCCUUUGAGAGCGAAGGCAACUUGCACAGCCAGCUGACAUCUUUGGGACAAGUGUUUGCACUUAAGGAAUCAUGUAAAUAGGUUGCAUCGUUUUUGUCUUUAAAAUAUUUUUUUUUCACGUUUCAGUCCUCUUCAGGUAAAUCUUUUGACUCCUACAUCGUUGAGUCCCCUCACCAGCCUCUGGCUAGUAGCGACAGGGCCAGGUCAGUCCCUCGUCUCACAAUCUGUUCCUUGGCGGGUUGCAUCCGGCUGACUGGGCCCCUCUGACAGGCUGAUCAAGCUGCUGCCAUCCCUUUCCUCUCAUACCAACAGGCUCUUCGGGGCCAUUUGUGGUGGCUGAGGGUGUUUUCUGGCUCCUGGUUUCUUUCAUUAGCUGCUCAUCACCUCCGCCGGUGUCUCAGUGCAACGCAGAAGCCAGGACUUGUAGACCAGCCGCUGAAAACAGUUGCUGCAUUGCACAGGUGGCUGUCCUUCCCAACCACAGGAUAUGGUUGCUUUUGUCUUGUCUUGGGCGCUCAGUCACCAUGAGGUGAGGGAGAGGAAGCCCAUGUUGCUUCAGCAUCCUAUCGCUGUUUUCUGCUCAGACUUGUUAAUUUUCCAAAGAACAACCAGCUAAGCCCAGCAUUCCCACCUCUGCCGUCAUCUGGUCUCCUCCCCACGCCCCCUGCACUAAAAGCAUGCAAGGGAAGCUCCCUUUUAAUUAGGCCAGAUAAGCAGGUCAGUUCCUUUUAUCCCCAGUAUUAACAUUUCCUUUGUUCAUUGCAACGAGACUGCCACUUCGCCCUGAUUCAGUACUGUAUGAUUGGGUGAAAAAACCCAGGUUGGCUUCCUGCAGGCCAAAUCUCCUUUUUAGCCCAGGAAAUGGGUGCCUGGGGUUCUUCCAGCUCUUACUUAACAAAGGAUUUUGGCCUGGGCAUAGUGAGGGGCUGAUUAAAUCCUGCAGUUGUGUCCCAGUUAGAUUCUGUGGUGUGUUUGAAGAAAAGCACGUCUGGAGCUUAGGGCUCCAUAGGUUGGCACAAUUCAUGUCUGGUUAACUCUUAGAGGCACAAAGGAGAGGAUUUCUGUGCUUUCCUGCAGAAGCAGAGUACAUGAUGGGAAUUUUGUAGGUUCCCAAAUUUCACUUUUUCUGAAGCAUUAUUGCAGGGGGGGGGCAGGGGGCAGGAGGAAAUAGGUAUGCAGCACAAGCUUAGCCCUAUGCUGCUGUGUGGCUACUGUGGUGGGUGUUGUCAGUGCACCAGUGCACACAGCGCUUUGAGGCAGAUGCCUUCUCCAGGCACCUCUGAGAACCUGGAAUAAUCAAAGGGCUGUUUACAAGGGCUCAAGGGGGUGGGGGGGAGGGAGGGAGG